AUGCCAUUGAAGGAUGAGACUGUUUCUUCAUUGAGGAAACGUAUUCAAGAGAAUUACAUGCCAGAUGAUGACCUUUUACAAAAAUCCUACGAGACUAAUCAUUCCGAUGAGUCUCUUACACAAGGGGAACUACUUCGACGCAUUGGCAAAGGAGGCGCCUCAGGAACCAGCAGAAAUGAAAAUCCCUGGAGUAACAAUCCAAGAUUCUUCAGUUCGGUAUCGAUAUCAAGAUUGGCCUGUUUGAAGGCACUAGAACAUGCCUUGCGCGGCGGAAACAUAGAGGUAAUGGGAAUGCUUAUAGGUACUACCAUGAACGAUCAGUUCGUAAUAUUCGAUAUAUUUGAAUUGCCUGUAGAAGGUACUGAGACCAGGGUCAAUGCGCAGACCGAAUCCUAUGAGUACAUGGUUCAAUAUGUUGAUGAGAUGCUUCCUGCGAAUCAAAAUAUAGUUGGUUGGUAUCAUUCUCACCCUGGGUACGAUUGCUGGUUAAGCAGUAUAGAUAUGCAUACCCAACAAUUAAAUCAAAAUUUCCAAGAUCCCUACGUUGCAAUUGUGAUAGACCCUCACAAGAGUAUUAAGGAGCGCAAACUUUGCAUUGGUGCAUUUAGAACUAUCCAAGAGCCUGGCGUGCAACAAGAUGAUGAACUACUAGAGUUUUAUGAAUUGAAAACAUCUAUUUUUGAAUCAAGAUUUGACAGUAGUUUGGGAUCUUCUAAAUUGAAAAUCGAUACUCCCAAAUCUGACUCACUAAGUGAUAUUUUACUGAUUAGAAGGUUGUUCGAUACCAUGAAGCAGUGGAAUACCUUUAAUGAGAUGAUCACAGAACCUCAGCUAGAUGAUAAGGGUAAUGUUGAAUUUGAUAGAGCAAAUCCACUUGUAACUGGGGGAAAGGAACAGGUGAUGAGGCGAUCACGCCAAAUGGAUCUUUCACGAAGACGUUCGAGGUCCAAUUCUGUAUUAAGCGUUACAUCCAAUGAGAAUGAAAGUGAUGUGGAUAUGGAUAACAAACAAUUGGGGGAUGUGGACAGCGUAAGCAGCAGUAUACAUACGAUGACUGACCCUGCAAUACCGGUAAGGCGUCAAACUCAGACUCCCCUCCCCACUUUUAGAAAAAUUUGGCCUAAUGCCCUGGAGACCAAUUAUCAUCCAGCUACAGAUGAGACUAUUAGAGAUAUAGAUGACGAGGGACAAGCUCUACAUACCGAGACGUUAAGAGCUGACUACAUCACUAAUAAAAGGGACCUAUUGGGUUCAAAACUAAAAGAAUACCAACAGCUAAGAUUCUUUAGAGAUACUUUUACAAGCCGAACCAAUCUGUAG